AUUUUAAAUAGGAGGUUGGUUUAUAAUUAAGUUGUACUCAGUUGUACAAGUAGUAGAAUCACCCAUAUUGCUGUUUGCCUUGGUUUGUGUGCUAAAUCUGAAUUAAAAUACUUGAGACCUCUUUUCCAACCUUGAUUUGAAGCAAAUAUACAAGAAGCUUUAUAUAUUGGUAUUCUUUCGUUAAUAAGGAGGAAUGGAGUUACGUGUAGGGAACAAGUAUAGACUUGGACGCAAAAUCGGCAGUGGUUCUUUUGGAGAUAUAUAUCUAGGAACCAACAUAUCCACUGGUGAAGAGGUUGCUAUAAAACUAGAAUGUGUGAAAACCAAACACCCACAACUCCACAUAGAAAGCAAGUUUUACAAGAUGAUGCAAGGCGGAGUCGGCAUACCCACAGUUAAGUGGUGUGGCGCAGAAGGAGAUUACAAUGUUCUUGUAAUGGAGUUACUGGGACCAAGUCUUGAGGAUUUAUUCAACUUUUGCUCUCGAAAAUUCAGCCUCAAAACAGUUCUACUGCUGGCUGACCAAUUAAUAAGCCGAAUUGAGUUCAUACACAGCAAGAACUUUAUUCAUAGAGACAUUAAACCUGACAACUUUCUCAUGGGCCUCGGAAAGAAAGGGAACCUUGUGUAUAUAAUUGAUUUCGGGCUCGCUAAGAAGUACAGAGAUGGCCGGACACACCAGCAUAUUCCAUACAGAGAAAAUAAGAACUUGACUGGCACAGCACGAUAUGCUUCUAUCAACACACAUCUUGGGAUAGAGCAAAGUCGUCGAGAUGACUUAGAAUCACUCGGUUACAUUCUCAUGUAUUUCAACCUUGGCACACUCCCAUGGCAGGGGCUCAAAGCGGCAACGAAACGACAAAAAUACGAACGAAUCAGUGAGAAAAAGAUGUCCACCCCCAUUGAGCUGUUAUGUAAAGGACACCCUUCUGAAUUUGCCACCUACCUAAACUAUUGUCGGUCGUUGCGGUUUGACGAUAAACCCGAUUAUUCCUACCUUCGACAACUGUUCCGCAAUCUCUUCCACAGACAAGGCUUCACCUAUGAUUAUGUGUUUGACUGGAACAUGCUGAAAUUUGGCAACCGUAGCAGUACCGACGAUGGAAAAGAUCAUCGUACAUCAGCUAGUAGAGGAUUGGUAGGUUCUAGCGCUACAAGGCAAGCCUCCACUCAAAAUGCGACUGGAAAUCCCUCCAGCAGACCGCUAUCCAGGGCCGAACGUGAGCGCCGAGUGAGUGCUCGCCUGCACAGAGGGUCCGCUGCCAAUACCCCACACGAUUAUAGCAGCUCAAGAACCCAGCCACAACAAUCCGGCGGUCCCAGUGGUGCAGGUACAUCGAGCAUGAGACGAGACACAGGUUCAGCAGCUGUACAAGAUGACACAGCUCGUGGUGGGGUCAGUCGGUCGCUCAAGAAAUGAUCGUCCACCCACCAUCGCCGCCUUUUAAUCUCCGACCUCAUAUAGGCACGCGCACGAGUAUUUUACCAUUCCUUUUAUUUCUCAUAUACAUCAGCUAAGCAUUUACGAGCGGGCUUAGCGUGUUGCCACGGCCCGCCAAAUUACGUGACUAUAGUUGAAAAGUCACCUCUUCCCAGUUCCCUAUUACGUUAUGACGUGUUAAGAGUCCUGUUUGCCCACCGUUGUAACGUUUUGUACAUUUAGGUGUUUUAUAGGUUUCAAUUGCUUAUAACGUUUACCAUUUACGAACACGCCGAGUUUCUCUGUAAUUUAACAAACCCGUCGAUUUAAACGUACAAGUUCGCCUUGUUAUUUAUAGGUAAUUCAGUGUAACUCUCCACAGUAGUACCUAAUUGCCUUAAUAACAGCCACAGCCGCAAUGGCUAGCUAUAUAAUCACAAAAAUCUAAGACAACAAUCUGCGUCGGCAAUUGGCACAUACUAGUUAGCCGUACCACAGCACCCACUAAAACAGUAUAACAUGAUUCCGUUUUGGGCCACAAUUGCUUCUGUUGUUUCUCGCGCCUGUAUAUGAAGGCCUGUGACACUGUGUUUUCACUCAGUUAUUUUUUAGAGCCCGUUUUUUCUUAACAAAACAAUUCUCGCAUUUAUGUACAGGGCAGAAAUCGUUACACACUGGAUUUUAAAACACAUCUUAAGUUGUUUAACGGGUAACAGUUCGGAUAUUAGACAAUAUUAUUUUUAGCAUGCUACUUUGUUUUUUUUGCGUUUAAAUAAAACACUUUUAUUACAUAAAA